GACCUAGAACUGGCUGCCUACCAGGAUGGUGGAAGUGGAAAACAAUCCAGGAUUUCAGAAGGAAAUGGGAUGGGCUCGUGAAGGAAAUAAACCAGUUCUGUGGAAGGGUCAUGAGGACUCGAAACGUCAACUCUUUUCUUCUCCGCCGAUGCUGCCAGACUUGCUGAGUUUUUCCAGGCUUGAGGGGCUGAAUGGCCUCCCCCCUGUUCCUGUCUGUUUUCAGUUACAGGCUCUGUGUGGGUGUGAACUGACUGCUGUGAAUAUGACACGUCAUCGCUCAAACAGCGACGGAUUUCCUCAGUAUCACCUUCGACGCAUCGGAUGUAGAGCGUCACUCCCAGAUGUCGCCAAUUUAAUUGACUUCAGCAAGCGGGUUACCCUGAUAGGAAGGAAUGUCGACGUGGUUGAUUAUGUCCUCAGCUCUGCCAAAGAAUCGAGGAGCAGGAGUAUCUCCAGGAUGCACGCCCGGGUAAUCCGAUCAGCCCAGGAUAACCAGCACCGGCUGGUCGACUCCAGCUUCUCCGGUGUUUACAUCAACGACCGGCGCAUAGACAGUGAUGUGAUCCUGAAGGAAGGUGACACGGUGACCUUUGGGCAUCCGCAGAGUUCGCUAGUGGAACGAGGGGAAAAAGUCCGUCAGCCCAACUCCGAAUUUUACUUCAUGUUUGAGCUGUGCGACUGUGAGCAGGGAGAAGGCAGUGGACUGAAUCAGGGCCCCAAGCCCAGCUCCCAACUACAGACCUCAAUCGCUCCUGCCCACUACCCAAGAUUCCCAACUCCUCGGUUAUUCUUGGGAGCGUUUCCUGGGUUCCUGCAAGGAGUUCGUUGGCCUGCAGACGAAGUUGAAGGUGGUAACAGACGCACCCUGGCACUGCGCGGCUCUGCAGUACCCACUCUGGUUCCAGGCACUCCUCGCCCAACGUGUAACAGACUUGAAUUGGCCCCAUCUCAGAUGGUGUGGCUUCCAUAUUGUCAACUCUCCCCUGAGCCCAUGGGAUCCACAAGCCAGGUAGAAGGUCUCGUGACAUCGUCGCUGGCAACUAGAGCAUCCCAUAACCUUGUGGUGCCACCGGUGACUGCAGGGGAGACUUCCCAGCCAUCCGCCUUGUCUGAAGGUAGUUUUCCCAUUGCCGAGGGGUUUCAAGUUGAGCAGUUCAUCGAUUCCCGGAUAACGGGGUGCAGACCCUUUGCCCCACUGAUGAACUUGGGGAGCUUUGGUAUUCCUGUCCCUCCGGGUUCUGACGAACAUUCGAAUAGACUCCUGCUUGAAGGUCGCACUCAGGGACUUAUACCUGCGGAAGAAGCUUCUCGUUGUAAGCAGCUGCCUCUCUUGAAUGAAAGGCAUGGCUCCAGUACGUGUCACUUGCCAUCAUGGGGUGAGGAAGAAGAACGGACAUCUCCCGGUCUAGCCGGAGGGAGAGCAGAGGCUGCUGGCUCGGCCACAGCUGACCACUUCCCAACAUCUCCCCAGUGCUUUCACCGGGACUUGGCGCGACGAGGCAACUCGAGUGAGGGUGAAGUCCACAUGGUAACACAUUCUGACUCACUGGCACAGAUGGAUGAAAGCGCUCCCUUCAAAGGGGGCUCGGCAGGUGCCUGGUUUCUGUCAGCCCAGCCGACUGUGCGAGGCUGCGUUGGGAUAGGGACCCUGGCAGGCGGAGUCCACGAGGAGACUGUGGGCAGCAACCGGACCUCCCGAAGGAGCGACCAGAGCAGAUCUCCCAGCAAUGGGGAGCAGAGGGUGGAGGAUGCAGCGGGUAUGGAAUGGGCACCUUCCGUGGUAAAUGACACCGCAGCUGAUACUGGUGUGCAGGUUAUGACACAGGCAGCUGUGCACUCAGAGCCCCAACUGGAUAUUGAUGCCAUUGGAGCCAACAUGGAUGAUGAACAAAUUGUGACUGAGCCCAUGGUGCAAGAUGACAUGUUUAUAGAGGAAGUAUCAGCUGCUUUGGGUGAGAGUACUGAGGGCAUCACAUCAGAAGGCCCCAUGUCCACUGUUAGUGGCUCUUGUAGGGACUCUGCUAAGGUUGAUGUUCAAGGAUUGCAGAGUCAGUGCCAAUUGCUGAGUGAGGAUGGCCAUCUAAGGCAGAGCAAGACAGCUGACCAGAUGAAGGAGUCGGACUCUCUCCAUCCUGUUGUUGGGCAGUGGCUGGAUUGCUCUUUCAAGUCUGAAAAUAAGGAGAAAAUACAACCUGUGGAGAAUGAAAUUGGCUCAGCAGAGCCACCUAUACAAACAGAUACACACCAGGAUGCCGUGGGUGAUAGCUGUUUGGUGAAGGAUGAACUCAUCGAGGAUAACUCUGCGUCUAAAGAGGAUUCAAACUGUAGCCAGACGCGAGAGAUUUUGAACAAAUCUGUUGAUAAGCCAAGGGAUGUUGGCCUGAACAAAGAUAUUCCAAGGCGUAACUUGUUACUUCAAGACAGAUUUAACACCACAACAGUGUCUGUGGGCAAUGAAGAGAACGUGGAUUCACAUGAAGGGCCCUUGAGAUUUUUGGUGGAUGAAGAAGAUGCAAGUCCCAUAGCAAUGGCUGUAGAAUCAACCACUUCUACUGGGGGGUUGAUGGAUGAUGCCCUUCUCAAUAAGGGUGUGAACUGUGACCAUACUCAGAUUGACGGGGCAGCAGGGGAACUGAGGUCAGCCGAUGAGAGAGAGGUUGAACCCGUGGUGCGUCAUCAAGUUGAUGGUGUAUCUCCUGUGCCUGGCCCAGCUUUUCCUGCAGCUCCGGAAUGGCCAAAUCUUGGAGCAGAGUCUGAUUUGUUGAAUAACCAUGAAUCACAAGAACUUUCUCCUCAAUGUUUGCCGAUCGGAGAAGCAUCACUUUUCAAUACCGGCUCAACGCCUGAACGACUGAAUUCGAGUGAUGAUAUGCUCGCCGUUGAUAAACUGCAUCUUCUGAAUACAUUGGGCUUGAAGGCAGAAACUCCAAACUCCUCACCUGGAAAAAUAUCGAAUGUGGUCACAGAACAGGUGGGAAGAGAAGGAAAUUUGAUUGACCCAGAAGCAUCAGGCACCAUUGCCAAGACAGCAGUCACACAUGAUGAUGAAUCGGAUGUAGGUGGACUUUCUGCAAAUAUAAAGCCAGCAGAGGAUGGAGUGACACGCACAGAGGAAUGUUCAGGAGUGGUUUCCAACACUAUUAUGGCUGAUUGUUUCAUGCCGGGUAAUUCCCUGCCAAAAUUUGACCAUUUUGCUCAUUCUGCAGAUACCAAAGAUGGGUCACAGUUGACCUUAAAAGCGGCCGUGAACGUGCGCAGCAUUCCUAUCGGUGCACACCUAACCACAGGCCAUUCCACGUCAGGAAAGGCCAACACAGAUGAUAGCUUGACGUAUCCCAAUCUAGGGAAGUUAUCGUGCUCUUCCACUGUGGGACCUGGGCUCUCAGCUGUGCCCAGAAUGCAGAGCGAAGCCAGUACGGCCGGCCAACGCAGUGAAGGAGAGCAGUCAUGCACAGUCCUUGGAGAGGCAACAGGAGUCUUUGGGGGCUGUGAAACACAGGGAAAUACUCCAGGGAACUCCUCCGAACCAGUUGCUUUAAUGGAGGGUGUAGAAGCCCAAAGCAAACUCAGUUUGUUUGAUCAAGGAGAGUUAGAAAUAGAUGACCAAACUCAAGGAUUACACCCAAGCAAUGAUAUCAAACAUAAACCAGAUCCUCUGGAACGUACACAAUUUCCAAGUAUUCUUGUUGGACCUGUGGAUAUAAAUGGUGAGGCAGUGGGAGGGCUCUGUGUCACUAGACUCACCAUAAAUAAUGCAACAGUGAAGGAAGGGUAUAUCCUUAGCGCUGGUUCUGAUGCUAUGGAGAGUUCUGUAAUACUGGAUCCUGCUGUUAGAGAUGAUGCCAAGGAGGUUGAAGACCCCAUGGAUGAAGGUAUGGAUGUUGACCCAGUAUCCGAGUGUGCAGGCAGGAAUGUGAUUGAGGCAUCUGAUUUAUCCAGUGUUAGUCCAGCACCCUCUGAGCUAGAGAUGCUGAGUGACUGCAGUGUUGCCUCUGAGGCUGAAAGCUGUGGAGAUGAGGGAAAGGCGGGCAAGAUGCCAUUGCCAAAGUCGUCUCCUGUGACAACCACCCUUGGUGAUACUGCAAGGGAGGAGGUGGAAGGAUUUGAAUCAUUGACACGAGCUGGAGAUCCAGUUGGUGCACUCGUGAAAUCGGAAGAUAUGGAUACACUGGCAGCACACCAGCAAGAUGUAGCUGGAGUUCCAUCUUGUAUACAGGCAACAGGUGCCCCUUGGCAUGUGUCCCUUAAAACAGUGACACAAACGAAUGAUGGCACCCUUAGCCCACUCACCCAGACUGAAAGCUUGAACUACACGGCAGAGGAAGAGCCCAUCAAACGAAGUCACUGUGUGUGCCCAGCCACAGAUGAGCCUCCCAACAGAGUUCAAGUUUCGAGCAGCGCGUCACACAGCUCUGAGAGCAAAGAGAAUUCACAGGGUGCAGUAAGGGUGCCAAGUUCAGAGAGUCCGCUCGAUGCUACUCUGGUUACCUCAGAUCAGAAUGUUCUAGAUCUGCCCCGAUCAGAGAUGCCCACAGAGCAAGGCGCAACUGUAAAACCCCCAACAAUGUCGGAAGCUGGGCAAGAUCAGCCAAGAUUAGCCUGCAUAGAACAGGAGGGAGACCUGCCCCCUGGAUAUCUAACAACCAGCGUACGGUCUGAAGCUGCUGAAUUGUUGGGUGAACCCUGUCAUCUUUUCACCACCAUUGAUAAAACAAAGACAAGUAGAAAUUCUGUAAGUGAGCAAUCGGAGAAAUUCCCUUCAGUGAUGGAUUACGGAGCUAAUAAGCCAGGAGUGAUCUCUCAGAUGGAGAACAGGAAAUCUGAAACUGGAGAUGAGCUGGUAAAGAUCCAGCAUUGUAGGCUGAGUGUGCUAGAAACUGAAAACUGCAAUUCCUCUGCUGUGCCACUGGCUGCCUCUGGUCAGAGUGAGGUAGUAGAGGCUGAGGAAAGCCCAGCAUCACCACCGGGGACCAUCCCACUGUCCUGCUUGACUGUAGGUGCUGUCCAACGAGGCAGCAAUGAUAAUCCUGCGACUCUAAGGCGUCUGGAGAGAGUCCACGCUUGUGAAAACGCCAUGGAUGUUGAAGGUGAAUCUGGUAGCUCUGGGGAAGAAGCUGAUAUCUAUCCUGACUUCACUGAAGAAGGUUCUGGAAAGGAAGACCAUUUGUCUUCUGCCAGCCCUGGAAAUGGAGAUUCCUCUCCCCUUAAUCGACCCCAUCUGGAUGAGGUUUCUGCUCCUGUUGCACACUUUGCUGCAGUGACACAAACUGAGCAGCAAGUGACACUGACUGACUCUGUCUUCAAUCCUGAGUUUGAUUCCAUCUCUGAGCAGAGCAGUAACCUAACCCUCUCUGAUCCAAGCACGCCUGAGGAAGCUCACCCGUCCACGGGCAGUGUGCUUGAGAGAGAGUUGGAAUUAAGCAAGGGAAAUGAGCAAGAGGCAGGCUGGAGUGAUGAGCGAGGCCGUUUGGAUGCAACAGAUAUUGAUCAGCUAGAGCAAAGUGUGGCUGACAUCAAAGAGGCAGAUGUGACGGAGGUGGGAUUGAAUGAAACCCAUGGUGAUAAGAGUUCCCAAUUCCUGUUGGAUCGCUUGGGAAAGGUGGAUGCUGCAGGUGCAGAAGAGGGGGAACUGGCCAAGUGCAUUCCCUCUGAUUCCCAGAGGACAGUGUUCCAAGAGGAUUUAGUACGAGGGCAAUCCUCAGUUGAAGAGCAGAGUGAAGAAGAAAAUGUGUCUGAAGAGUUCAUGUCGCCACAAGGUACUGCUGAGGAUGGAGUGCUGCAAUGUCGCAGCCCGUUGCAGAGCGAGGACUCAGCAGAGGACUUGAACUCGAUGUCUAGGUCUGAGUUAUCUGUCCGACUGGGUUCGUCUCUUGAGGUGGAGCAGGAACUAGAUGAAGGGUCCAUGGAGGGUGGUGGUGCAAGAUGGUGGUCAAUGGAAAGCAGUGAGCUGACUGACCAAGAUGAUGCUAAGGGGGGAGAGGAUGAGAUUUGUAGCGACGUAUGCAGAAGGCAAACUGAACUACAUCCUGUGUGUACACUGGCUCCUGGAAGCCCAGAGGAGAGGGAAGUUUGUAACACAGUUGCUACCAGCCCACAGUCCCCACCUUUCACUGCAGUUGUGUCCUCCAGGCAAGGUUGUAGUGAGGUCGGAAGAGUCAGUCAGGCGCCACUUGGUGCUGGAGAGAAAUCGGCUCCUGUAUUCCCUGCAAAGGAGGAGGCUCUUGCAGAUGAAAGACACAAAGAGAUGGAGAGGUCUCAAAUCCCAGAGGAAUCCGCAGGAUCGUCAGAACUCCGAGUUGAAGUUUGCCCGACUGGGGAGCGAGCAGAGCAGAGCCCUGAUACAAGGCAGCAGACUCUCCAGUGUGGUUUGGCAAUGGCCACGUCAAAGUGUGAAAUGCCCAGGGCUUUGGAAAGAGAGAGAAGGGAGAAGUUGCUGGGCAACAACUCGGUAGAGGGAUUCACCUCAGUAACUGGGUUACCUGAGAGACUGGAUUUAUCUGAUAGGGUGGGGUUGGAGAUCAGUGAAGGGCCAUGCGAGAAUGAUGCAUUGAGUGACAUUGCACCAUGUGAGCCAAUGGGAAGUGAUGAGCUGAUUGAGCAAGCUGAAGAGGAGAGUGAGCAGGAGGAGGCCUCUAGCGCAGAGAAACUGAUCUGCAUGCAGGUUCCAGAUACCCUGUCAGAAAGUGAAACCUCUGUUCCAGAUCAUGAGGAACUGAGCUUUGAGGCUGAUAAAAUUAACCAAAGUAUUUGUCCGUCUUUAAAAGAUUGUGCCGUUCCAGGGGAGGUAGACUUCAGUCUCAACUCAGCAGUUGGCAAUGACGGUGACCUAUUGCAAACAUCAGGAACAGUGAUGCCCAACGCACGUAUACGUGAAGAUGAGAGGGUCUUACAGGAGACAUGCCCUUUAGCAGGUUUCUCUGAAGAGCUUUCUGUCUCAGAUGAAGAAUUGCUUGAGUUUGAUCAGCAGUUGGGGGAAAAUCACCCCACAAAUCCAACUCCUGAUCAGCUUGAGCAGCAAUUCAACUUCUCUAAGGGAAAGCCUGUUGGUUUUGUCGAGGAGCUCACUGCACAUUGGAGAGGGGACGCAGAAGCUACGUCAGUGACUCUAGGUGAGAAGGGAGUGAGUGCACCAAGCCAAACAGUUGUGGCAGAUGGGAUUGCAAUGACACAACCAUGUAGCACCAAGCACACCUCCAAAUGGAGAGAUUUAGACAUGCAGCAGGGGCCUGAAAUACAAAAGCAAAAUGAGACCAUGUUGAGAAAACGCUGGCCAACAAACUUGGAUGUUGAACAGGAAACGGAGAAUGUGGUCAUAAGUGAAUGUGGACAAUUCCAGCAGGAGGAGACCAUUACUCACCACAACUCCUUCAACGAAGAGCACAGAGCUCUGCUGUCAGAGUCAUUACACUUGAUACCAAUUACUGGGACACAUCAGCAGGGACUGCGCACCAACACUGAGCCUGAAUGCUUCGGCGCUGGAUGGCAAUACAUGGAGUUGGAUGUGAUGGAGAAGUGUCAUGCCAUUGUGAGGAGCACAGAUUUGUCUGAGAGAGAAACUGCUGAUAUAAAUAAUACUGAGACGGGUGUUGAAGUUGGCUCAACGAUUGUCUCAUCAAGCCCUGAGUAUCUGAACCUACAACUUUCAGAGUCUGAAUCUGAGAGGGAAGAUAUCGCAAGCAAGAGAUUAAAUGGCCGAAGGCACCUUGAUUCUCGAGAGUUGAAGAGACCCCUUGAAGAAGAGGUGUUGAGUUCAAAUUCUACUGGUGCAAGUCCCAAUAAAAGAGUGUGUAACUUCCAGCAAACUGGAACAGAGGGGCUUGUACCAGCAGAGAGGCUGAGCUUAAGCCUGCUGUCCCUCUCCAAAGAACUAAGGCAGCAUCGAACCUGGUAUAUUGGCAGAAUGGUCCGACAAUUCUUUACAGAAUACAGAGCCCCUCUGGAGCGUCGAGUCUGCAGCAAAGUGAGAAUGGUGAACAGAUGUGACGAGGUAGCGCGAAUAGUUAGAGAGUUCUUCAGAACUCACGUGACUCAACCAGAGGAUGAAGCCAUUAAUACAUCACAGCGGAACUUGGUGAUUGAAAAGUCCCCUGUUGUUAGUCAGUCUCACACCUCCGAGAUUUCAGGACGCAGGCAGGUGCCUAAGGAAACCAAUGAAUCUCUGUGCCAGGAGGUGCAGCAUAAAGGCGUUAUUGACUGUGGACAGGUUGCUGAUAGCACUGCCAUAUCCAAUGCAACAAAGCCCUCCCCUUCAAUCCCUCAUUCACCCAACACGGAGGUGAAUGGGCUUGUUGGAGUGAUGGGUGAUUCUGAAACAUCAUCUCUGCAGGAGGGUGGUAAACUUGCCGGGAAAAUGGAGACUGUGCAAGAAAAUAGUUGGGGCGACACCUCACAUGUUAUCUCUCCAGACUCCAGGAAGAAUCAUUCGGACGAGUGCAUCCAAGGAAAUCUUGUCCAAAUGCAAGAGAUCGCUGAUGAUGAUUCUCCCCCCUCACUUGCAAAGGGCUCAGGAUUGUAUUUGGAGGAGAAUGGUGCUCCCAGGGAAAGCAGGCCUCUUCCCCAGCGUUCUUCCAGCACUGAUUCCCAUGAGGGGUUAGAGGAUGAUGGGUGCGGUUUGUGGGAAAGCCAGGGAGUGAAGGAUAUGCCCGAUCUGGAUGGUGUUGGGAUGGAGGAGAUUGCUGAUGAUGGAAUUGGGGAUUUAUUACCGGAGUUACCAAAAGCUUCUGGAUCCCCGAUGUCGUUGAGUUCUGCAGUAGUGGCGUGUCAUGGAGAGACAGGGAAAGAUUCAAAGUGUUCUGAUUUCGCCGUUAGUCAUGUGACAGGAACGUGUUGCGAUGGCAGACCCAGCACAGAUGUGUCACCUCCUUCACCUUCUCUGGGCACAGAUUCUUCAUCUUCUGACCCUGACCAACUCAGUGGCAUGAAAGGUUUUAGUGUGGCAGAAUCUUUGCCUCCUGACCACGAUAAUCAGGGCCGUAGCCACGAUGUGGUUGAAGGCUUCAGUGUAGCAGAACCGCUGCCUCCUGACCACGAUAAUCAGGGCCGUAGCCACGAUGUGGUUGAAGGUUUCAGUGUAGCAGAACCCUCGCCUCCUGACCAUGAUAAUCAGGUCCGUAGCCACGAUGUGGUUGAAGGUUUCAGUGUAGCAGAACCCUCGCCUCCUGACCAUGAUAAUCAGGGCCGUAGCCAUGAUGUGGUUGAAGGUUUCAGUGUAGCAGAACCCUCGCCUCCUGAAUAUGAUAAUCAGGGUCAUAGCCACGAUGUGGUUGAAGGUUUCAGUGUAGCAGAACCCUCGCCUCCUGAAUAUGAUAAUCAGGGUCAUAGCCACGAUGUGGUUGAAGGUUUCAGUGUAGCAGAACCCUCGCCUCCUGAAUAUGAUAAUCAGAGCCGUAGCCACGAUGUGGUUGAAGGUUUCAGUGUAGCAGAACCGCUGCCUCCUGACCAUGAUAAUGAGGGUCAUAGACAAGAUGUGGUUGAAGCUUUCAGUGCAACAGAAUCCUCGCCUCCUGACCAUGAUAAUCCUGGCCGUAGCCACGAUGUGGUUGGAGGCUUCAGUGCAACAGAAUCCUCGCCUCCUGACCACGAUAAUCUGGGCUGUAGCCACGAUGUGGGAGAGAGAUUUGCGAAUAUUGACUGUGUUAGUUCAGAUGUUCCUCCACUGGGAUGCUGUAAAGUGCAGAGUCUACCGUUGCACACUUUGGAAAGGGGAAGUUUCACUGCGCUGGGCCCUGCCUCCGGUGGCUUUGCUGAGCCCUUGCCGAAAUCGAGAGGUGACAGUGAUUGGAAACGAGAGAGAGAAUGUCCUGCCGACUCCAGUGUAGAGGCAGUGUUACCUGGCCAUGUUUCUGAUGUGCAUCAUGCAGACAGCAGCUGGUCACAGGACAUGGCCAGGAGGGGGUGUGAGGCUGGCGAGUCAGUGGGAUCCCUGCACCCAAGUUUCCCACCCUGCCGGUCACCUGUGUUUGAAACUGAGCAACUCGGGAAGGCAGCACCUCUGAAUGUCGAUGCGAGGGAUCUGGUGCGGAGAGAGAGCUCGUCCGUGUGGAAGGAAGAACCGCACAAUGAAGAAGAAAUCACUGUCCGGGAAACAGGAACUGCACCGGAGGCCAAACCAAAUGUAGAAUCGCUGGAAGAUUCUGUAACCCACAGACGUGGGAUCAACAUAGAGAGACUGUGGACUGAUUUCCCAAAAUCUGGUAAAGAGGACACAGGAAAGGAUGGAACAAUAACAUCCCUAACAAGCAACCAAAUUAGCUCAGCUUAUUUUGAUGAAGACAGGAUUGUGGAGGGAAGACAUGCUCACGGCGAUGGUUAUCCCGUGCAGGCUUGGUCACAGGAUCCCACAGAAAUGAAGAUUCCACCUCACCAUGGCUUGGGGCGAGAGGGCGGGUCCGGUGCCUGUGGCUCAACCUUGAGUGUGGUCAGCCCUCCCCCACAGGUGCCGUUAACCAAUCGCCUCUCCCUGCGGGCGAAGAAGAGGGCUAGGGAAUCGGGCGACGGGAUAGGUGGUACCACUCAGCUGAUGUUUCCUGCUUCUCCCGGUUCCAGUCUCCCAGAGGAUGAGUGUCCCGGAGCUUCCAUCAGCUGUGUGAUCAUCAUUAGUGAUAGUGAGGAACAGCCUCCACUAAAAACUGUCAAAGAGGAAAGUGAGAGUGAUGAGGAAGCUGGAAGUUGCCCACGUGGCCGAGGAGCAAGAGGUGCAGCUGCUCCUGCACCCGGGUCCCUGACAUCCGGUGCUCCCAGCGGAGGCAGCAUUUAUUCUGAGCGCGCAGCAGGUGUUGGCCAUCCACCAGGAGCUUCAUGCCGCCAUGGAGUGUUUAGGACCAACCUGUCUGAGCACAACCCUGCGAAUGUUCCCACCGAUUCCCCCUCCUUUGCCAAUCCCUCUGCCAGCACGCUCGCUGGGGCCUCUCUGGGCACUGACUCCCUCGGGCUGCAGAAAGCAGCUGGGAGGAGCAUACCGGAAUGUUGCACUGUCCUUUCAGUCUGUGAGGAACGCAUGGCUGGAUUUCCCAGUCUCCAGAAUGCCGGAUCACCCCCCGUCGAGUUCCUGCAUCCCUUGAGACAGGGACCAAAUCCCAGGCCCUGGGCUGAACCCGAAUGUGUCCAGAGUGACCCCUUACAGUCCCAGAAUCCACCAGCUUUGUCCGAACUCCGGAACACUAGGUUUCCUGAUCAACUCCUCCUUCCGUACAGCUUUGACGAUGAGAUAUUCCCACCUCCUGAGCUCGACUACCUCCCGGAUUCCUCGGAGAAUUCUGAUCAUGAGGAUUCCGAGGACAGCUUUCGCACUUUUCGGAGGCGAUUGGCUGAUUCACCGGUCUCUGAUUCCGUGUUUAGUGAUAGCCGGCUUUCCACAAAUCAUGGAGAUGGGAGGCACUGUGCUGGAUUACCCCUAUCCCAGAGAGACUCUAAUCCCAGCCGCAGUUGGGACCUGAAGCCGCGGGAACUAAGGUUUCCACCUCACCUGACUCCCGAGGGCCAUACAGAUGGAGAUCACCUGGACUCAGCUUUUCGGGAAUUCCAGAAUGGAAAGGGUGAUAGAGGCUGUGAUCCAUCAGUUGUUAAUGCUGCUUUUCACUGCCCCUCACCUGGAGAAGCCUCCGAGAGUUCCUGGGCAACAUCAGACCAGGAUGUCACUUGCCAGCUGAGGGAGUGUGAGCUGUUGCUUCAGUGCAUCUCGCAGACACUGCAGGCAGAGGGGAUCGCAGAGGCACAUGUGAAGGAGUGGAAGGAGCAGAUUGAGAAGCUGCAGCAACAGACCAUCCCUCCUUUGACCCACAUAGCAGUGAUUGGAGACACGGGGUCAGGGAAGAGCAGUCUGCUGAACGCCCUGCUGGAUGAAGAGGCUGUCCUACCCACCUCCGCCAUGAGGGCCUGUACUGCCGUGGCAGUUGAGGUCUCUCACAACAGUCUCAAUGACAGUUACUGCGCUGAGGUGGAAUUCUUCUCUGAGGAGGAAUGGAAUAAUGAGCUCCACUUGUUGCUGAAUGACAUGAAAGGCAAAUCUGGGCGGAUGAAAAAACAGCGACCAGCCCCCAACUCCGAGGCCAGUGUGGCGUACGGUCGUGUGAAGGCCGUUUACGGAAGAAUCCUCCCGUACAACGAGCUGAAGCAGAUUCGGGAUGUCACAUCGCACCUGGGGAAGACAGAGACCAUCACUGAGACACGGGCUAGGGAUUUCCACUGCAGGGUGCAGCGUUUCAUUGACUCCCGUGCUGAUGAUUCUCGGGGCUGCCGAGGUGGAGAGUUUUGGCCAAUUGUGAAACGGGUGAGGAUCCGAGUGCCGCGGUCUGCGGUGCUGCGGACUGGAGCUGUCCUGGUCGACCUCCCAGGUGUCAGAGACUCCAACGCUGCUAGGAACAGCAUCGCCAAGGAGUACCUGAAGAACUGCGAUGCUGUGUGGAUCGUGGCCAACGUGACACGGGCGGUUGAUGACAAGACGGCCAAGGACAUGCUGGACGAAAGUCUCCGCAGGCAGCUCCUGAUGGACGGUCAGUAUGGACGCAUCGCCUUCAUCUGCACUAAGACCGACUCGCACAAUGUAACCGAGAUCCUGAGUGCUCUGCAUCAAACCAGAGACUGCAACCUUCUGGAAGAUGAAAUUGUGGAGCUAAAGGACGAAAUUGAACGACGACAGACUGAGCAACAGACCUGGAAGUCAGAGCUGGAGCGGUUACGAGUAUUCACUCUGAUUAGAGAGAGUGAUAACAGAGCCAAACAGCUGGAGUGUGCCAUCAAACACCAGGAGUCGGAGUUGACUAAACUCCAUUACAAGAUGAACAUGAAGCGACGUGAUCUCUCCCUGAACUCCAUCAAGGCUCGAAACUUCUUCUGUAAGAGAAAUAUUCGUCUCAACUUCAAGUGUGGACUGCAGGAGUUGAAGCGUCAAGCCAAGACUGAAGAACUGGACUCGGAGGAGGAGGGAGAGGAGAGCAGUGAUGAUGAUGAUGAUGAUGAUGUUCACCCUCUGUCGACAGGGGGGCCAGAUCCUGACUCGAGUAAAGAUGGGAAACUUCACGUGUUCACUGUCAGCUCCACUGAGUACCUGAAACUUUGUGACAAGCUGCUACGCGAUGGACCCCCUCAGGUGUUCAGCAGUAUCGAGGACACAGAAAUUCCUGCGGUUCAACGUUUCGUCCAUCAGAUCACCUUGGCGCGUCGGGCACUCUCCACAGAGGUGGUCAUCCGCAAGGUUGCUACCUUCGUCAGUCAUGUGGUUGCGUACCUGACCAACCGCAGAGCCCAGGAUGCUUCAUAUCAGGCCCAGGUCCGAGGGACAGUGCAGGCCUGUCUGUCCCAUGUGGAAGAGUUCUUCCACCAAACAGCUGAGGAUUGUAAGCGGGAAAUUGGGAAUUCCUUCUCCCUCAUCGAGACGCAGCUGAAUGUCGGGAAGAGGUUGGCCAUGAGGGAUUCUGAGAGCAGUGUGCUGAGAUGGGGAUUACGGCCCAAUGGAUAUCCAUAUCCAACCUAUAAAGCUACCUGUGACCGCAAUGGGACCUUCACCUCCCCAUCGUUUGGAACCAUUGACUUCAACGAAGAGCUGACCCAUCCAAUGUUCACUCCCCUAAUGGUGGUCUGGAGUGAGGUGUUCAGUGACUCUCCUUUCUGCAGCAAGUCCGUGUUCCAGCAUUUGCAAAGGUUCAAGACGGAUGUCCUGCGGAAUCUCCAACAUUUCUUCAGGGACCUGAAACAGCAACUGCAACAGAUCGAAGGCGAUACGCAACCUGUGGAUUACAUCCUGCGUCAGCAACUCCCGGCUGUGGAAGCCGAGCUGCAGAAUUUUACCCUGAUGCUAAUGGUUGACAUCACUGCGCGCCAGCGAAGUGUCUCCAGGAUAUUGACGCCCAGUGUUCAGAGGGAAAUGACUCCUGCCUACGCAGCUUGUCAGUCGCAGAUUGGAUCUGGCUCCUUCACCCGGAUGAAAUCUUGCAUGGAGCAGUAUGUCCAAAAGCACUCAGAUCACAUCUUCUGCACUGCAUCCAGAAAACUCAUGGAGCAACUCGACCUCCUGCAGGGUGAAAUCUACUCUCGCCUGAAGCAGGUUCUGAAAGAUAUCAGCAGCGAUUUGUUGGUGCAGUUCGAGCCCAUCUUGAAACCGGUGAAGAUAAUUGACGAAAUAAUCCCCAAGCUUGAGAGUGUCUGUGCGAGGAUGGGUGCGUUGUGUAAGAAAUCCCGGAUCGAUUUCACCAUGCCCAAGAUCGAAGAGAGUGAAGCAGAGCCAGGAUCCACCACAUUCCAGAGGGAGCCGGUGAAACAGGAGAUCCUGUCAUUCCAGGCACUGGGAAAAUUCCUGGGAAAAGCCAAAAUGAUGAAAAUCGGUGAACUCGAUGUGUCGCCCAUCAACCCAGUCGAGCUCACGUUGGAUGAAGUAUUUCUCAGUUUUGAAGUGUCUGGGAGGCAACAACAGCGUGUGAUCCCCUUCCGCUCAUUAUCCAGCUGUGAUUUCUGCCCCAGCAUGCACUUCUUCAUCCUGUAUCCCUGGCCACGGAGGGCAGAGGUCACUGAGGACCUCCCCAGUUGUGAUGUGGUAGUGAGACUGGAUGAACAACAAACACUGCCUGACUUUGGAGAGUGGGUGGAGGCUGUCUCUAAUCACUUGAGAGAUUCGGUGGAGCUCAGGAAGCUGGAUCUACAUCAGGGUGUGGAGAGACUGCGUUCUCUCGGAGUGAUAUUCCAGGGCACUGAUGCCAAGGCUCUGGCGGAAGAUGAGACGCCGCUCGCUGUGCCAAAGCCAAUUAGUGAACUCUCGGCUUUCCUUUCGGCCAGUUCCUUCACUGGUGCAAACCAGCAGAACAGGAAGAGAGCGUGGAAUGAGUGCCCGACUGAGGUCGACAGAUUUAACCUGCAACAACCACUGCACUGGCAAUUGACCUCAUACGGGGCAGAGCCUGAAAUACAGCCUCCGAUAUUAAAGAAGGAGAAGAGAGGUGAGCAGGACUCGAGCUCCUCCCAGGAUUGGGUCAACAGAUCAAUGCCCCCUUUGUUUAAACGGGAAAUCAUGGAGAAUCCCACGAGUGGGGAAUUUGGGAAGCAUUGACCUGUAAAUUGGGUACCUGAGGCCGCUGCCCACGUGUCCAGACUGACCAGCUGUUGGUCUGAGUGCCUGCCAGAUGUCAGCUUGCUGCAUGUAAACUCUCAGUUGCCUCUGUAUGGUCAUCACAUUCCACAAGCCAUGGGGAGAAACAUCCUGCUGGUGUGGGCUUGAGGGAUCUUUAUUCUGCAUCCGGCUGAGCUGUACCUGACCUUGGUGUGCUUGAUGCUGAGAAUGGGAAAACUCCUGUCGCCUCAUCUCUCCUUCCUGAGUUGAAAUUUGGUGGAAAGCUUCUUGACUGAAUUAUUUUCUGGCCAAUAAAGAGCAUUUAACCGAGAGUGUAAACGGGGAGGUUUCGAGUUUGCUCCAGCUUUGGUUUAUAUGAUGACUAGAAACAGUUGAAUGUAUGCGGCGUGCUGGGGCUUCAGUUACUUUAACCUGUGGGAACGAGGUUAACGCUUCAGCCCAGCUAACAAUCACUUAAAACGGCAAAAACAAAAAUGCUUCACUCUCCCAGCCCUGAUUUCCUGAAUCGAGUUUGUUUGUUCACUUUACACGUACUUUUAAAGUUCACAGCAUCUUGUCCGUGUCUCGCUCGCGUUUCCAUCUGUUGGUGGACUGAGUAGUUGUGUGUGAGAUUGUGCCGAUUGCGUUCACUGGACAGAGUUGGGAAUUAUACUGACAUCCUUGCACUAUUCUGCUAUUUUUAAAAUUUUGUCAGUUACCUGCUGAUUCAUUGCAGUUGUUCGGGAAAGGUUAAAGUAUUAUUAUUGCAAUAAUUGCUGCUUGUUCUGUUUUAUGUGUUACUCUGUAUCACUGCGAGAUGGGAAUUGUGAGAAUCUUUUGAACUAAAGAUUAUCUGCUGCUUUGUCUUUUUUAUAAAUCCUGUUUGUGCCGCA